CGGAUAUCACUUCCCUGUUCACAGAUAGGGCCUUUCUCAUAAAAACACACACAAACAGCGGCGAAGAUGGGCGUCCCUAAACCACCACGCCCACCAUUAUCACAACCGGCGACUGAAGAAGCAAACGGGUCAAAGAAUAAAAGAAAACGAGGCUUCAAUGAAUACCAACAACAACAACAUAAUAAUAAUGAUACUGAUAAUGAUGAUUCUGAAUAUGAAAUUGAAGAAGAAGAAGAAGAAGAAGAUGAUGAUGAAGAAGUGGAAGUGGAAGUGAAGCCCAUUGGAAAUGCAGUUAGAGUUUCUGGUGAAGUUGGUUCCAUUCUAAAGAACCAUUUUAUAGGCUUUGAAUUGGAUGCCCUUCCUUAUUACCUUGAGGAUGUUGUACUUGUAGUUCCCGAAGGACAUCGUUUGGACGUGAAGCCCUCUGUGGCUAUAAUUAAGGAUGUAACUACAAUAAAAAAUGAGGGCGUUACUGUGACUGGGCAGAGGUUAUAUCGACCUGAGACUGCAAAAAAGGAAAAUGGUGAUAGGUGGAAAUCGGAUGAAGCAAGAGAACUUUUCUAUAGUUUUGAUAAGUAUGAGUUCCCAGCUGACAAUGUCAUGCACAAAUGUCAGGUGCACUUUGUCCCAUCAAGCAAAAAGAUCCCAAGUGCUAAUAAUUAUCCUGGUUUCAUUGUUCAAAAGGUCUACGAUUCUGCAUCUAAGAAACUCAUUGACCUAACAAACACAGGUUAUGAAGAAUAUAAGCAGCAUGAAAUCGAUGUGCUCAUAAUGAAAACACUUUCCCGGAUUCCUAACUUGGAAUGGUAGAUUAGAAGAGUCUAGCUGUAUGAUGUCGGUCAUGUAAUAUUGUAGUAUAAAAUUGCUUAAGAGUAUCAGGUCACCCCUUUUUGUUAUGAUGAUGACUGGCAUCUUAUCUUUUGAAGUUUCUGUUGGAUACCCAAUUGGAUAUACUAAUGGUUACUCGAGUUAAA